AUGUCAGACGACAACACUGACCCGGCGCUGCUCCCCGACCCAUCCCACGACCUCUCGUUAUCAUUAACGCCAGGGUCCAAGGAACGCCAUUCGCUGACGCUCGAUCAGCGUCGCGCUCUGCGACGAUGGGCUAGCAGCCAGGUCAUGCGCCCUUCCCACCGGGCGUGCAUCGACUGGUUCUUUUCCCAGUACGGGCAAAUGAUCAGCCAGUCGACCGUGUCGCAUUCGCUCUCGCCAAAGUACUCGAGGCUCGACGGAGAACACCCGCAGCUGUCCGGGUCACGGCUGCGCUUUGGCAACUGGCCCGACGUGGAAAAGCUGGUGCUGCUGUGGUACCAGCAGGUGCAGGCGUCGGGGCGCCAGCCGACAAACGACGAGCUGGGCGAAAAGGCAAAGGCCAUCUUCAGCCAGCUACCCCGCUAUCGCGAGGAGUCCGCGCCCGAGUUCUCGCCCGGCUGGAUCCACCGCUUCAAGAAGCGGUACGGUCUCCUCAUCCGCCGGCAACGACGACAUACUGACGGCACCAUGAACCCUGCCGAGGACAUCGACUACUUGUCGGACUGCGUGCCACGCUUCAUGGCAAUUGCGCCAGACACGAGCCCGGCCGCGAUCCGGGAACAGAUCCUCCGCGUCGUCGGCGUUGAAGCAUCCCUCAGCACAUGCGCCCUCGUGCGCGACGAAAUCAUCCGCCGCAUCCCCAUCGAGCAGCCCCCGCCCGACAUGCCCAUGUCGCCGCCCGACCCCGAUCUGGAGCCCCCACCGCCCGAGCAGCACAUGUAUGCGGACGAUGACCCCGAAGUCGUGUUGCAGAAUGCACUCCGCCAACUGCAAGAAGAGGAGCAGGCGGCGGAGGAGCAGGCUGCUGCUGUCCGAGAAGAACGCGACAGAGUCGAGCGCGAAGGUCUGCAACCCCAGCCUAUGGUUACGGAUAGGCCGCCUCCAGACCACAGAUACGAGACGCCUUCACAUGAGAUACCUCCAGAGUUGACAUUGACUCCUAUUCACGCCGGUGAUCCAAUGACCUCUGACGAAAGGCCUCUACGAUGUCCAUUCUGUAUCAAUCAGCGCAUGCUCAGAAGCAUCAAAGAGGCUGUUGAGCACAUGUCAACACAUGUUGUGGUAUAA